GGAUGGUUGCAGCACUCGCUUGUUGCCCUUGAAGUUGAUGCAGCAGUCUCAGAUCUACUGGACAGCGCUUGCUUUGGGGAAAAGUCUUCCUACGCAGGUAGGAAGAAAAGCGGACAGAUCAUAUUGAGCCUGGAGGAAGCAUUUUUCCUGGUGUAUGCGCUGAAAGCAUUGACAGUCUCUCCGACUCCAACAGACCUGUGGAGAACCUGCGUGGGGCUGAAGCCUGACUUUAAAUUUAGCUACAUCCCAUUCCACCACUUCAGAAGCAAGGGAUGGGUUGUCCGUCCAGGGGCUCAGUACGGGGUGGAUUAUGUGCUCUACAGCAAGCAUCCUGCAGAGGCCCAUUCCAGCUACUGUUUGUUGUCUCUGAUGGGCACAAAACACCCCAGCUUGCUGUCCUGGAAUGACGUUGAGGCGGCAAAUCGCAACAGCAGCCAGGCAAGCUCCCUCAGACAGCCUCUGCUCCUGCUAUAUGUAGAGGAGCAGCCAACAACGGACCAGGACUUUCCCGCUUGCCUGUCUAGCGUAACGGUCGAGGAGCGGCUGGUGGAGCGGUGGACACCUUCGCACAAGGAUUAG